CUCUUCCUUGUGGCGUGUUUUGGUCCGAUCUCACAUUUUGACAUUUGGUUGAUUAUAAACUUGUCUAUGUCUUUAAUUAACAAAUAAAAGUAACAAAUUAUAUAAAAAUAGUUAAUUUUCAAGCCUUGCCCCGUUCAGUGUAAGAACUAAUUCUUUAUGCAAGUUUAGAUUUGUUUACGUCCAUAACCUGACAGGAUGGUCUCCAAGAAAAAGAGACCUAAUACUCCUGUGGUCGAGGUCGAAAGUACUGCCCAACCAAGUUCUACAGUAUCUGAGACACAAAGCCCAUCCCCAGCUGCUGUUGAUGUGGUAGAAGAAAAUCGCGAUGAGAAGAAAUUAUCCUUCAAGGACCCUGCCUUUCAGAGAGGCAACAAGAGCAGCAACAAGAAGAAAGGUGGCCGUUCUUUAAAACAGAUUUUGGCUCAGGAGCGAACACUACCAUGGGCUUCCUCUUGUGUUUUAUACAGCUCUAUAAAUGCUCCUCCAUCUUUCAAACCUUCUAAAAAAUAUUCUGACAUAUCUGGUUUACCUGCUAAUUACACUGAUCCACAAACUAAGCUGUUUUAUGCAACAACAGAGGAAUUUAGCACUAUCAGAAGGCUUCCCAGUGACAUUGUUGCUGGUUAUUUGGCUCUAAGAAGAGCAAACAAUCUAAUCAGCUGACGGAAAAGCAGCUCCCAGUAAUUACCAAUUGAUUUCUAAUUUAUUUUAAUGUAUUGGAUUAAUGGUGUUAAAGAAGAAAGCAAAUUAUGUAUCUUUGAACUGAUGUCCUUUUAUUGUAACUAUUUUUAAAAUUAUGAAUUAUGUCAAAGCAAA